UGCUAUUCCCAGCGGGUGGAGUCGCGAGCAGUCCAGUCCUUAUCAAUAGGCACUGCAGGUUAGCACGCUUGCCACCUCCUUCAGGGAGCAGAGUCCCUACCUAGCCUGACUGUGGAUCCAGUCGGAUUGGGUAGGUCCAGCCAUGGUUACUCUGGGCUUGGGGGUCGCCCAGGGUCCUGGAUGCCGCGCAGGACUCUGAGAGGGACACCGAGAUAGACACCUAACUCCGGAGAGGUCAGAACGCAAGAGUCGGAGGAGCAUGCCUGGCACCACAAGACCCGGGCUGUCGCCAGGGGGGCCACGGUCCCCGCUUCUGCUGCGGCUGCUGCUGCUCGCUAGCGCAGCGUACACCGGUGGAUCUCUGCCCCGAUUGUGUGAUGUGCGGCGAGUGCUGCUGGAGGAACAGGCCCAGUGCCUGCAGGAACUCUCCAGAGAGAAGAAAGGGGAUCUGGGCCUGGAGACAGUGUCAGCCAGUGCAUUCUCGCCGUCUGCUCCCGCACACACUGCUAACCAAGGCUGUGAGGGGCUUUGGGACAACAUGAGCUGCUGGCCCUCCUCAGCACCCACACAGACGGUGGAAGUGCCAUGUCCGAAGUUCCUCCAGAUGCUCACGAGCAAAAAUGGGUCUCUGUUCCGGAACUGCACACAGGAUGGCUGGUCAGAAACUUUCCCCAGGCCUGACCUGGCCUGUGGGCUCAACAUGAACGUCUCUUCUAAUGAGAAGCGGCAUGCAUACCUGCUGAAGCUCAAGGUCAUGUACACUGUAGGCUACAGCUCCUCCUUGGCCAUGCUCCUGGUCGCCCUCAGCAUCCUGUGCUCUUUCCGGAGGCUGCACUGCACCCGCAACUACAUCCACAUGCACCUGUUCGUGUCCUUCAUCCUGCGCGCCCUGUCCAACUUCAUCAAGGAUGCUGUACUCUUCCCCUCCGACGACGUCACCUACUGUGAUGCCCACAGGGUGGGCUGCAAGCUGGUCAUGAUCUUCUUCCAGUACUGCAUCAUGGCCAACUAUGCAUGGCUGCUGGUGGAGGGCCUCUACCUUCACACACUCCUUGCCAUCUCCUUCUUCUCAGAACGGAAGUGCCUGCAGGCGUUUGUGCUCCUCGGAUGGGGUUCUCCAGCCAUUUUUGUGGCUUCAUGGGCUAUCACCAGACUCUUUCUUGAAGACACUGGAUGCUGGGACAUCAACGCCAACACUUCCAUCUGGUGGGUCAUUCGAGGGCCUGUGAUUGUGUCCAUCCUGAUCAAUUUCAUCUUUUUUAUAAACAUUCUAAGAAUCCUGAUGAGAAAACUUAGAACCCAAGAAACAAGAGGAAAUGAAACAAACAAUUAUAAGCGCCUGGCCAAGUCCACCCUCCUGCUGAUCCCCCUGUUCGGCAUUCACUACAUCGUCUUUGCCUUCUCCCCAGAGGACGCCAUGGAGGUCCAGCUGUUCUUUGAACUGGCCCUGGGCUCCUUCCAGGCUGCGCCCUAUACCCUCCUCCGAGACGCUUCCCCACCAGAGCCUCUGCCAGCACCUGGUCCUGUUGCAUAUGUAACAAUGGGUUCACUAUGGCCCGUCCAGUGACUGUGGAGUUUGAGAUCCGGUCCAGAUCGUCGGAAGGACUUGGCCUAACCACCAAAGUGGGUAGUGAGUGUUCAGAAAGCUUGGGGGUCCUAGAGCUGCCUCUCCAUUGGAUAGGGAGUUCCUGUCCCCAGACCUGGGAAGACAAAAUUGAAGAAAGAAAACAAAACAAGAACACUUUCCUAAUGUCCCAUGGACUUGUGUAUGAAUGAAAAGAUCAUUAAAAACAUGUAAAUAGCUGGACUUGGUGGUCCGCAGGUGGACUCCUCAGCCCUUGGGCAGCAGAGUUGGGAAGAUAGCUUCAUGCUCUAGGCUAGUCUGGGCUACACUGCAAAUUCCAAGCCAGCCACUGACCUUCGAGAUGCUUAAUGAGAUCUUGUCCCCACAAAGUGUUCUAAUGUACAUAAAUAUAUAAAUAAAAUAUGUGUAUGUGCCCAUAUACAUGUAUGUAUAUUCACACAUAAACCUAUCAAACCACAUACCAAAGUGAGGAAAACAGCAGAAUGAAUCUGUAUCUAUCAACCAUCCUAAACAAUGUAGCAAGAUCCUGUCUCAAAAAAAAAAAAAAUGUGGAGAAAUGGCCUAGUGGUUAAGAGUUCUUGCUGUUCUUACAAAGGACCUGAGUUUGCUUCAGAGACUUCUAUCAGGUGACUCACGAUUGCCUGCUACAGUUCCAGGAAUGUUCUCUUCUGGCCUCCACAGGCACCUGAACACUUGUAGCAUACACAUUUACGCACACAUAUACAUAUGACCUCACAUAAAUCAAUCUUUAAGAAAAAAACAUAGGCACCUAUAACAGCAACAACAACAAAGCCUCCCCAGCAUUGUUCGUGUCUCAAGGGCAGAACACGUGCUUCGCAUGUCUGAGGCCGUGGAUUCCAGUCCUACCCCUUCUAAACAGCCUGAGGGCGCUGCUCGAUGAGUAAAUUGCUCACUGCACAAGUGUGAGGACCUGAGCCUGAAUCCCUGGCAACCAUUCAAACAGCUGGUGUGGCAAAGGCAGGUGGAUCCCUGGAGUUCAUUAGCCAGCCUAUCUAGCCUGUUCAGAGAGCCCUAGGUUCAAGGAGAAAUCCUGUCUCACAACUGAAAAACCCAAGUAAGGAUAAUGACUGGUGUGGACUUGUUGGCUCUAGGCCUCAUCAAACAGCACAUGCAUUUAUAUACAUGUAACAUGGGUGCGCAAGCACACAGACACACAGCCAAUAUUCCUGAGCACUGGUACAUAUUAAGCUCACUACAGAAGGGCAGGUUCAUUGUCCUUUGGGAUCCUUCAAUGCAGUAAGUAGCUAAAGGCAGAACCUGGUGGGACUAGGGAAGAGGAGCUGAGCCAGCCAAAGUUUUAAGCUGUAGAUGAAAGCCCCUAGGAGAGGAAGAUUAUCAGGACGGAGGUCAGGCCUUCGGGGAAGGUGGGAUGUGAGGUGGGCUCUAAGGGAGGAAGGGAGCAGGUGCUCCUGGGGUCAGUUGUUUUACUGUUACUUUGAUAAAACACCCUGCCAAGAGCAAUGUAAGGGAAGAAGGGGUUACCUCGCCUCAGAGUUCUAGGGUACAGUUCAUGAUGGUGGAGAAAUCUUGGCAGCAGGACCAGAGGCAGCUGGUGGCAUUAAUCUGUACCUCUGUCAGUACGUAGAGAGAGAUGAAUGCUGCUUGUCAGUUCACAUUGUCUACACUGGAUGGAAUACUGCUUCCCACGGUCUUCUCCCUUUGACUAACCUCAUCUAGAAAAUCCCUCACAGGUAUGCUCAGAGAUUUCCUCCUUGGUGAUUCUGGCCUCUGACAAGUUAACAGUCCCAACCAUCACACGUCAUUCACAGCUCUGCAGCAUUACAGACAGACAACCGCAGGCUGCCCAGCGACACUCUAGGGCCCUCACAAUGCCAUCCGGAAAACAGGAACUCUGAGGCAAGGUCCAGGGAGACUGGACCUCCAAGGCAGGAGGCAGGAGGCCUGGACCACAGAGCUGCGCCCGAUGGCUAACAGGCCUGUGUGUGCACAUGCUUUGCUCUUCCCACACAUCUGUUCUUCAGUAGGAACUGGUCAUCUUUCCUGUGAGCCCAGCAUCUCCUACAGUGUGACUGUGUCCCUCACAGUCGGAUGCAGGGGAGACAUACUUUAGGCCCUCCUGUCUGUGCUAUCCUAGAUGACCCUCUUUACCAUUCAGAGGAUCUGACGACCCUGCAGUCAGGGUCCAGUGUUUCCUACGCCAGGCCUUGGGAUUAAUAGGUGAAAAGGAUUUCUGGUUUGUGUUCAACAAGGUAGGUACAUCAGGGUACUGUGAGCUCCAAAGUAGGGAAUUCACCAGGCUGACAUGCAUGCACGUGUGCGUGUGCGUGUGCGUGUGCGUGUGUGUGUGUGUGUGUGAUGAGCAUACUCAGGCAGAGCAGGUGGGAGGGAUGAUCUGUGUUCAGUAACACAGCACAAGAACUAACA